AUGUCGCCAGAUAUUUCUUGUGGUUUAGAGUAUUUAAUCACGCCAGACUUACAAGCAUGUCUCACGGAGGCACUACAUUGUAAUUAUUCAUUUAUAGUUACGCCAGUGGUUCACCCACGUUUUCGUCGUCCGUAUGUGUCUAGUGUAAGUACAGUUGGAGGCUUCACACGGUCAGAUAUGAUACUGUCUCCGCAAGAUUGGACUAGUCGAAUAGUUGCCAAGAUAUCACCCUAUAUCUGCGUAGAUUCAAUGUCACCAGUAGUCCGCCAGCGUCACGAGGAUUGUUUAAACGAAGAACUCUCAUACUGCCGGGGUCUUGGUGUACCGGCUAUUAUGUUACCAUUAAGGUCAAGUAACACAAAUAAUUUGGCUAGAAUUCUUCAAACAUAUAAUGAAACUAGUCAUCACCCUUCCCUUAUUUGGGCUUCUGUGCCUAUGGUAUCCACAAGAAUUGCUCAACGCAACAAUCAAGAUGUCGAAGAAAGUGAAGAGGCAUGGAAUGAGACAUGGCAUUGGUGGUCAAAAUUCCAUGAGCGAUUAGAUUGGGAUAAACGAGUUGGGGUGGUUUUAGAACUCUCUGCUGAUUUACCUGCACAAGAAAUACUGAAGAGAUGGCUUGGUGAACCAGUAAAAGCUAUAAUAGUUCCAACAUCUAUUUUCCAUAACAAUAAAAAAGGAUAUCCAGUAUUAUCAAGAGCACACCAACAGCUAGUAAUUAAUAUGGUAGAACAUGAAGCACAGGUAAUUGUGAGUGGAGCAAGAAGAUCAAAUAUUGAAUAUUAUGUUCAAUAUCUCUUUCGUAUGUGGCAGAGAAGACCUUAUAAAGCUGAUGAUCCUAUGCUCAGUUAUGCUAAAGGGUGGGAAGAUUAUCUUCAAACACCCUUGCAACCUCUUGCUGACAACUUGGAUACCCAUACAUAUAAUGUUUUUGAAAAAGAUCCGGUUAAAUACGAUCAAUAUCAAAAGGCUAUCACGCAAGCUUUAAUAGAUAUAAGGCAAAAGCGACAGGUCAAAGACAAUGAUCAAAUUGUAAAUGAACUCUGCGUAAUAAUGGUUUUAGGCGCUGGUAGAGGACCCCUUGUUCGAGCAACAUUAAAUGCUGCUGAUAUAACACAAACUAAAGUGAAGGUUAUAGCUGUAGAGAAAAAUCCAUGUGCUGUAUUAGUGCUAGCUGCUCAAGCCCGUGAAGUUUGGCGAGAUCGUGAUGUCAUAGUCAUUCCUGGUGACAUGAGACAAAUAAAUCUUUCUCCAAAAGCUGAUAUUAUUGUUUCAGAAUUGUUAGGCUCAUGGGGAGAUAAUGAACUUUCCCCAGAAUGUUUGGAUGGCGCAGCUGGACUUUUGAAAGUGGAUGGCAUAUCCAUUCCCAAUGAGUACAAUUCCUACGUGGCACCAAUUUCUUCUGCUCGAUUGUGGGCAGCCGCUAAAGCGGCAUCAUCUAAUUCGGCACAACAACGAGAUAAGAACCUUGAAACCCUAUGGGUUGUGUAUAUGCAAAACAAACAUGACAUUGCUGAAACCAAGCUUGUGUUUACAUUUAAACACCCAGCUAAAGGUACGAGAGAUCAUGAAGGUAAAGAAGUGACUGAUUACAGAGGGUUACCCCUUACAGAUAAUAGAAGAUCAGCAAUUGUUUCCUGGGUAGUGAAACAAGAUAAUGUGAUGCAUGGUUUUGGAGGAUAUUUCGAUUGUUCCCUUUAUGGAAAGGAAAUGAUAAGUAUUGUCCCAUCAACACAUAGCCCAGGAAUGAUAUCAUGGUUUCCUGUUUUUAUACCGAUUAAGACUCCUUUAAGAGUACACAAGGGAGAAGUCAUAACUGCCACAUUCUGGCGCUGUGUCAAUUCACGGCGUGUAUGGUACGAGUGGAUCGUAGAAGUAGGCAAUUGUACCACACCUUUGCAUAAUCCGAAUGGGCGUAGCUCCGAAAUGCUGCUGUGA